AUUGAGUGGGCGUACCUCAUAACUAACCUUCAAAGAAAUAAACUUCUGAGCUAAAGAAAGACAUUGCAAGCCAAAAUUCAAGCAAUGCAGAUAGAAAACAGUAAUCUGUAUUGAGCAAAGACAGUGAAAAAUGACUAGGCGAUCGCGAGGAACUACAACUAGUACAAGGCUUGUAGUGAGUGUGAUCUGUAUGCUCUCGCUGCUGCUGUCUGCACAGGCACAGUUCGAGGAGCUUAUACUCCGACUACGCAAGCCAGUUCCCAUCAAGGUGGCCUUUACAACCUCGGAGUACACGGUAUCGGAGGACGUGGACGUGCUGGAGGUAUGUCUGGAGGUGGACUUAGGUCUGCCCAUCCCUAUAACUGUGCAGAUCACCUCGUAUCAAACAGACGAACAAGAUAGUGCCUUGGCCACUCUUGAUUUUGAGCCGUCAGUGCGGACUAUUGUGUUUCCUCGAAGCCUGGCAUCUACCAGCGUCUGUAUCAACCACACCACUAUAGUCGAUGACCAGCUAGCUGCAGAAGGGCUGGAGUGGUUCAGUCUCUCUCUGGAGGUGACUAGUGAGACAAUGUUUGGAGAGAGAGAGUUUGAAGUGGUUGUACCAGUUAGCAAGACGAGGGUCACCAUCUUGGAUAAUGAUGAUGUGAUAGUGGAGUUCACUCAAAGCAACCUGACAGUGGAUGAGGGGGAGGGUGUAGUCGAUGUCUGUAUCUCGGUAGACACGCCCACUGCCACACCCAUUUCAUUUUUCAUUGAGGCAGUCGAAAGCAGUCCCAUCUCUGCUAUAGCUCAUCUCGACUUCACUCCUGAUCAGAGAACUGUAACCAUUCCUCCAUCUAACAUCACUGACACUACUUGUGUUUCAUUCUCAAUCCUCGAAGACAAACUGGCCUUCGAAGGACAAGAGACUUUCUCAGUGCAGCUGCUCCCCCCGAUACAGGGGAUCGGAGAGAUACAGCUCGGAGCCAUCACCACCGCCACCGUGUAUAUCCUUGAUAAUGACAAUGUUACUCUGACCGUUGGCAUAGUAGAGAGGCCAGAAGCAGUGCGUCCAAUCACAGGAGAGACGGUGGUGUUCUCGUGUGAGGUACGCUCCUCUAGUGGCCUCCUCUGGCAGAGCUCAACCAUCGAGGAUAUAGUGUUUGUGAGAGCAAUUCAUGAUGUCAAUGAAGUCAUGUCCGAUGGAGACGCAGAUGCUGUGGCUGUAUUGACAUUCGAGUCACCUGACGUUCUAAUGUCCACUCUCACAUUCUCCAACGUAACUGGGGGUGGUGUGCUCAAUCAGACGGAUUUCUUCUGCGUCAGUGCCGACGAUCCCAACAUCAGGAACGUGGAGAGAGUCAUACUAGCAGGUAUACCCUCCCCUCCCAUCAAUGUAACAGUUGAGAACAGGACUUGUAAUUGUCUCCACGUAACCUGGACAACACCACUCUACGAUGGAGAUGCUCCACUGCUCUACACACAGCUGCAGUUCAACGAUACGUCAAAUUCUUCGGCAGCUCUUCGUAAUCUUCGUACGCAGAGUGGGGGUGUAAAGAGUGUGGAAGUGUGUGACCUCGUGCCAAAUGUGCUCUAUCUUGGGAGUGUAUGGGCGGUGAAUCGUGUGGGCAUUAGUGCUAGUGUGGAGGUAGAGCUACUCAUCACGGCAAAAGUGCCUAGCCCCCCCGGGAACUUUGAGGCUAAGAGCAGCUGUGUGGACUCCACCCUGUGUUUAGACGGCACACUCGCCUUCUCAUGGAACCCUCCAGAGACAGACCUCCUCUGUCCGGUGUAUGCCGUUCACUUGGACUACUCUGUCACUCACUUGGAGGCACUCAUCAACUCCACCACCCUCGUCCUGGAUAGUCAUGUGACCUCCUACACAUUCUCUAGCAUAGCCCCGGGGCGGAGUUACGUAGGGACAAUUGCCUUUGAGAACGAGGUCGGACUGAGCAUGGCCAAUCAUUCAGUGAGGGAAGAUGUCCUCCUCUUUGGAAGCGUGCAGCUGCGCAAGUUGACCUCCCGUAGCACCAUCUUCGAGGGAGAUAACGCUAUCUACUCUGCUAGACUGAAUGGACCUCCACCGAAUAGUUUCUCACUGGACUUCAACAAUCUGGACGACUUCACAAGGAUUCUGACACCUCAGCUAUACUUCAACUCAUCCCUGUGGUAUCAGCAACGAGACAUUAUCGUCAUGGCUACAGAUGAUGACAUCAUUAGAGACUCUCCGUACGGGGCGGUGGUUUCCAUAGGAACGAUGAGCGAGCGCCCGAAGUACAACGACAAGAGUAUCAACCUGAGCCUGGUGAUCCAGGAUACAGACGAUGCUAGCGUCAUGAUUGUACGCAAAGAGGCGUACCCAGAUCCCCCAAAUAUCCCUGAGGGGCGAUGGAGUGUGUAUCUCGUCUCGUUACCUAACCGCCCCUCACACACCCUCACCAUUGUCUAUCACACGGCCACACCCACUAUCACACUUUCACCGUUUCAAAUGACCUUCGAACCCGAGGCCUGGAAUAUACCUCAAGAGUUGACGGUGAUCGCCAUUGACGACAGUGUGCAUAUGGCCUCCACAUACAGGUCAGGGUUUAAUCUGACACUACUGAGUGAUGACAAAAAUUACGGAGGAAUAACUUUGCCAGACUUCAACGUCACCAUCAACGACAAUGAUAAUGACGCUGCUGUUAUUUCUGGCACGCUAACGUGGAAGUCUGCCACUGACGAGUACGGUCGAGCAGCUGUUCUUUUUACCAUCUCUCUCGUCCUCGAUAGCUCCUAUUAUCCCAAUAUCAACACCUUAAGUGUGGGCGUGGCUAAUAUAUCGUUGCCAGGAAGUUUCGAUCACGGAACUGGAGCUGAUUAUUUGAGAGUAGUUGGGCUUUACCGUGAUUACGUUAUUGCGUCCGGACAGAUACUACAUCGUUACCAAGACUACGACGAUUCAUUCUCGCUGGCCGAAUACGAGUACUGUUGCAGGGGAGAGUCCCUUCGCAACAACCAGGGUACAAUGUUUACUCUGCGUGUGGGCGUUGACCUCACUCAAACCACCUCCCCCACACUCCCCCUACUCCCACGGGCCACACUCACACCAUCACAACCCUCACAACCAUUCUACUACUCGGCUCUCCAUGGUAACGGCCACCCCCUCGUCUAUUACCUUGGCGACGCUACAAACUAUCAGUCCUCGCAAGGUGGAGCACCACAGUGGUUGGAUAUCGACUAUGCUACAGGUCAUGUGACUUGGGACUCGGAUCGUGUAACUCCCGGUGACUAUAGUGUACAAGUGAUUGUCGAAGACAUCUUUACUGGAAUUACAACCUCUUCUGAGUUUCUCGUUCGUGUACCUACACGCUCCUCCUACUCACCCCCCACAAUUGUCACUUCUUUCACACCUCCCACUCACUACAUCGCCCCCGGGUACACCCUCUCCACCAACUUCACAGUCGUCGAUAGCGACAGCAUCCUCGGUGUACGUCUGGAUCCCGUUCUCCCACUUCCUGAAGGGGCACGGAUUAAUCGGCAGAUAAUCACAGGAGCCAACUCUGUUGUAUACGAGUUUCUAUGGGAACCGACUGAAGAUCAAAUUGGAGAAUACAUACUAUGCUUUGUGAGCACGGAUGGUUACGACUUGAGCUCCACUCCCAGCUGUCUAAGUGUGAUCGUCACGGAGACUGAUAUACAGCAACCGUCUCUGAGCCUAACUGGGAGCAAUGACCCCGCCUACAGCCCCACCUACACUCGAGGAAUCGACCAAUCAGUACCAAUCGCCAGUGUUAACUCCACCCUAUUGUUAUCGACCACCAGUCCGCUGGUGCAUCACAUGUCUGUCAGAAUUAUUAACCAACUUGAUGGACAAUAUGAAUCAAUCGAAGUGGCCAAUCAGUUUUCGCAUCCUUCGCUAACAUUUGGUCGAUCUGAGCCAAGAGGAAAUGACGUACCAUCUGUUGUAUUCUUCAGUGGCAUGGCAACAUCGGAAGUAUAUCUCGAGGCUCUGCAAAAUCUCGUCUAUGUGAACAGCAAAUCUAGACCUACUGUCGGGGAUAGAAUGAUAUCAGUGAUCGUUUACGAUGGACAAUCGACCAAUCAGGACGCUUAUACAGUGGUUACUGUGGCGAUACAAAAUACCGAGCCUAUAGUUCGAGUUAAUGGUGAUGAAAAUGCGUAUUUGAAUCGAUUUUUCCCUCAUAAAGGUCCGGUUGCCGUGGUGAAUCCUGCCAAUGCCGUAAUUUUGGACUCGGACAGUCAAUAUAUCCAAUCAAUGACAUUGCAAUUACACAAUGUACGAAACGGUCCCAGUGAAAUACUAACAGUUACCUAUGUCACCCUGGAAACGCUUUCAUUGCCGAUAAUUGCCGAGGCAACACAAUUGAAUAUACCAUUCGGUACGUUAUUGCGUGGGGAGGAGGUCCCUGCAAUUACCAGCACUCUACAUGUGUACGAAAUGGGUGUGGUUGGAGACCUUUCUGUCGUCAUUGAUAUACGACACUCGUGGAUUGGAGAUUUGAAAAUCGAACUAGAACACAACGGACGCAGAGAGCUGUUAGUCCUGAACCCUGGAGGGCAUGUCUGCGAUCAAGACAAUCUUUUCCGAGCAACAUUUGAAAGCCAGCUGGCUUCAUCGAACGUCUACCUCUCCAAGAGUACCUCCUCACCUGGUGUGUGCGAGUUCCGCUCCGAAGGUGUAUUUACGGCUGAUGGGGAGCUUAAUAAUUUCCACGGUGAUGCCAUCGAAGGAGAUUGGAUGUUGCACGUUACAGAUCUACUACUAGAGAAUGAUAACGGACGUUUAUUUGGAUGGAGUUUAGGGAUACAACCAGAAGAGAUUCACACGCUAAUUUCCCACCCUCCUGUACUACCUCCGUUAAAAGUGGGCGGGGCUCGUAGCGGAAUACAAGAGAGCCACGAGAAGACAAUUGAACUUGACGGUAGAAUUAUCGAUAUUUCUGUGCACGUAAAAUUAGGGAUGGAGUUUACAGCCGAGCAACUGUUCUUACCGACGCUCACACUCGUACAUCCUGAUGGAAGUCAUGUGAUAUUAUCGUAUUGGAGCACCCCUUUUUGUGCAAUCGGCAACUAUACAAACGUCGUAUUCAACGAUAGAGGUCAACAGUCGCGGUACUCGUGUGAGAGUAUACUAAACCCCGUGAGUGGGUCUGGUUCCAGUUCUAGUUCUGGAAUGGGGGUAACCUCCACUAGUGGCACCUUAGACCAAGUUGGAAGUGGGAUGCCUGGUUCUAGUUUUGGCAUGUCCGGUUUCGGUUCUGGUGGCUCUGGUAUGUCCUUAAGUGAUGGAAUGUAUCUGAACCUUGACGAUAUUUUCAAUCUAAACAUCACAAUCCCGUACAAGUAUACCCAAAUCGACCUUUUGAACCCUACGCAACCCCUAUCGAAUCUCCGAGGCAAAAUGGCCGGGGGUAAAUGGACAUUGAAAAUAUCUAGUGGAAAUAUGUUUAAAUCUACGCUAUACGGAUGGUCGCUACGCAUUGCUAGGGAACCAAACAUCAACGAGAACUUUGAUCCGAUAACCAACACCCUAUACCUGACAGGUGACGACUCGGUCGCCAACUAUCAGACUGUGUUACGGAGUAUUGUAUAUGAUAAUCGUGCAGCGGAACCGAACUUCUCCAUCGAGAGAUUGGUAACUACCGUUGUUAGUGAUGGUGAUACCGUAUCUAAUGUGUCUCUACCAACCUCAAUAUCUACCAUCACAGUUCACCACGUUGAGAUUGAUUUGGACCCACUGAAUACCACAGCUGCUCUUACACCCGAUUACAGUGUUAUAUUCCGAGAACACAGUUCCCCCAUUCCCAUACUGGAUCCGUACAAUGCCGUCUUAAGAGACGCCAACUACAACGUUGGCAGAUACAUAUUGACUGUCACGCUAAAAGGAUACCAAAAUGUCGGAGAAGAGGGACUUCUACUAAAUACUUCAGUGGUUUCUGGUUUGCAUGCUGUCUUCACAAAUAACACCAUUACUGAAGAAUUCAUCGUCACAGUUACAGCGGACGUGCUACAGCCAAUUGAUAAGUUUGAAACUGUUCUUCGUACGUUUGAAUAUUUCAAUAGUGCAGAGGAGUUUGUUGGUGCUAUUAGAACAGUCGAAUUCAGUGUGACUGAUUUGCAAAUGAGCAGUUUCUUUGUCAGCGAUGUUGCCGUGGUUGCAAUCACUCUCCAGCCGACCAAUGACCUUCCAAUAUUGCUACUGAACUCGGAUCGUUAUACACUGUCGGACCAAUUCUCAAAUAUCGUUGAUUACACAGAAGGUCAAAAUCCUGUUGCACUAACCAAUGCUACUUCUAUUGUACUAACGGACAACGAUCACAAUUAUCUCCUGUCCGUUACCAUAACAAUCGCAAACCCGCAAGACCCGUUAAACGAGUUUCUACAAGCUAACACGACUGGUAGCACAAUCACGGUCGUGUACAAUCUCACAACAUACACACUAGUACUCUCUGGAAUGGAGACACUAUCUAACUAUAUCGAUGUGCUUGGAACCGUAACGUACGAAAACACUGUACACAGUCCAGGUAUGCCCGGUACGGAGCCGAGACAGGUGAACUUCGUACCCUUUGACGGCACACACUACGGUCUACCUGCGAUAUCAUUGGUCACUUUUGCAGCCGUAAAUGACCCAGCAUUUGGUGAUCUAAACGGUGGUGAUACAGGCACUGGAUUUGCUACCGUGUACACUGAAGAAAGGGGGCGCGUACUUAUUGUAUCUGAGAACACCACCCUUUAUGAUGUAGAUGAUAACACACUGGCGUACAUUGAUGUGCAGAUUACUAACAUUCUUGAUGCACCAUUUGAGAUUUUGUCCGUAAUGAACGUUGAGGAAAGUUCAAAUAUUAACUCAAAAGUUGUUGAGUUUACUAACCUACGACCAGUAACUAUGUACGACCCGAACACUGGUAAUCUCAGGAUAUCCGGCUUGGAUACUAUACGCGAAUAUCAGGAAGUAUUGAAGACGCUCACUUAUGAUAAUUUAGCAGACGAACCGACUCAAGUAACGAGAGAAAUUGUCGUUACUCUGAACGAUUCGCGCUCUAUCAGUCUGCCACUGAUUAUACAAUUAGAAAUCGAGCUUGUAAAUGAUUCUCCGUAUUUUAAUCAACAGCUGUCACCAAUUAGACAAGAUAUAUACGAAGAUAUACCAAAUGCUGUCAAUUAUGGAGUGACUGUUCUUGAAAUUGCAGAACUAAUUAUUGAUGAUGAUCUAGAUUCCGUUAAAGGUGUGGCUGUAAUCGGAUUGGACGCUAACUUUGGAGACUGGCAGUACACAACUGAUGGUUUCAUAUGGAAUCAAAUCGCUCCAAACGUAAGCAUCAAUUUCGCUCUGGCACUUGAAGCUACUAUUGGAAUGGCCAUUCGUUUUGUACCUGGUGAGAAUUUGAAUGGAAUUGUUACAGUCACUCUAGCGGCCUGGGACACUACGGAUAACAGUGUGUCCGAGUCGUACAUCAACGCACAGUCUGAUUCCAAUAUCGAUGCUUUCAGUUCCGAUUCCACCGUGGUCACAGUGAUAGUACGCCCAGUAAACGAUGCUCCAGUAUUGCAACCAGUUCCUCUCAACAUCACUACAAGAUCGGAAGAUAAUCUCAUCUCCAUUGGCGACCCCAUAACGUCCCUAGUGGAGUAUAUAUCUGAUAUUGAUGUACCUACCGAGUUUGGAAUUGCUGUCAUCAGUGUUGACCAAGAAAAUGGGGCGUGGCAGUUUACAACAAACGGUGGUGGUUUGUGGGAGGAGUUUGGAGAAGUUAACGAGACGUCAGCACUGUUGCUGCAUAGUCUGCCUGAGGGCAUGCUCAGAGUGAGGUUUGUUCCGAGGUCAGACUUCAACGGACGGGCCGUAUUUCGAUUCCGUGCGUGGGAUUUGACACGCUUGCCUAUUGAAAACAUUGAAAUCGGCUCAACCAUGAUGGAGUUCGGGUCUGGAGUCAGUUCCGGAGUCAGUUCUGGAAUGGGGUCUGGGUCUGGCUCUGGUUUCGGUUCCGGUAUGUUCUCAGGUGGUGGUCUUAUUAUGAAUGAGACAAUUCUUAUGCCUUACCCCUCGGGAACUCGAUUAAAUAUUUCAAUGUCUGAUCCAAUCACUGGUCCAUUUAGUGUUGCCUCUACGAGUGUUACCAUAGCGAUCGAGCCGCUAAACGAUUCUCCAAUUGUCCAACCUGGAAUGACCCUCGGUAACAUCACGGAAGACAUUGACUUGUCCUUCAACCACGGGACAAUGGUAGCCGACAUAAUCAGUGGGUUAUAUACCGACAUUGACGCAAACCCCGAUCGAGGACUGGCUAUAGUUAGCGUGGACGAUCGCUAUGGUGAUUGGCAGUACACCUGUCAAAGUCCGUCCAUUGGAAAUUGGUCCAUUUUUAUCGGUGGUAUGUAUUAUGGACAGAUAAUCCCACGGCUGCCACAGCCAGAGAGAGCCACUCUUCUACUAUCCUCCUGCUGGAUACGAUUCCUGCCUAAUCAGUUCUUCAACUCUGAGCUAAAUACCGAUGGCUACCCAAGACUUGCACUACCGUAUAUCGAAGCUUAUGGUUGGGACAAUACUGGAGCUACAGCUGGCCGUUCUGGUACCUAUGGAAACGAUGCUACAUACGCUAGCGAUUCUACUAGCAACGAGUACAGUGCUAGAUCUGAGAAGAUUACAAUUCAAGUCAUUUCAUUGAAUAAUGUGCCUAUUUUGAGACUGUCCGAUCAAAUGCAAGCCGAGUACAAUACAGUGUUUGUUGAAGACCAAUUACCUGUGUAUGCAGUGGGACGAGAUCUCACUCUGAUAGACAAUGACCAUGCUCGGCUGAGAGAUAUUACCGUGAUGAUAUACGGCUCAGAAUUUGAUGUUUCACCUUUUGAUAGCCUCACAUUUAGCGGAGAUGGUAUCUCAGGAUCUGGAGUUAUGCAAGGGUCUGGUUCUGGCUCUGCAAUGUCUGGUUCCAGUUCUGGAAGUGGAAGUGGCCUAACGUCAAGUGGGGUGGACCCAUUGAACGAGUAUGUCCCUGUAAUUAGCUCCACCCCCAGCUACCCCCCUCUCAACAGGGUGCAAGAGUACGUGAGAAACUUGAAUGCACCGACAAAUUUGGAGCUCUACUGCUCGGGACUAACAGAGCGGAGGGAAGAGUUACUUGUUCAAACUACAAGCCCUGAUCUUAUCAGUGAAGUUAUCAGCUAUUGUCCGUAUGUCCUGAGGCUAUCUGCAAAUCCGGAGAUUUCACCAGACGCCCAUAAAGAUAUGUUUCAAUUGGCACUACGCAGCCUGAGGUACAAUAACAGUAUAGAAGAGCCAAUGGGUGGAGAUCGAACUCUAACCUUUGUGGUAUCGGACAAUAUCGGUUUGAGCGAACCAGUGAACUCAACUAUAUUUGUACGACUCGUUAACGACCUCCCACAACUUGAUCUCAACAUGUUUAUACCAGACGUGCACAACUUUGUCUCGUACACGGAAGGUCAAGGUUCACUUCUGCUCACGAAUGAAACUAAAUUGGGACUCAUAGACACGGACAACUUGUACUUACAGUCUGCUCGUGUAGUCCUCGUUGAAGCACCUGACGCAGACAACGAAAUCCUCAACGCCACAGUUGACGGCACAGAUCUUAGUAUAGAUUUCAACACCACCACCUACACCCUCACGAUAUCUGGCAAUGCUACCAAAGAUACAUACGCACAAGUACUAUCAACUGUGAGCUAUACCAAUAAUUACUCUCACCCUGGCAACCCCGAUGAGCGGCAACGUCAAAUCCAAUUCUAUGUCAAUGAUGGACUUAACGAUAGUCGAGUUGCUAUUACCUUCGUUUCUUUUGCUGGGGUCAAUAAUAGACCUUACCUUGAUGUGAACGGAAAUGAGCCUGGUGUAAAUUAUGUAGCAACAUUUAUUGAAGAGCAAGGUCCCGUUUCAAUUGUUGAUCAAAAUGUACUUGUACAUGAUGAAGAUAAUACCACACUUGCGUAUAUUAGAGUCGAAUUGUUGGAUGAGAUGGAAAUGUUCAGCGAGUUUCUAUCGGUCGAUAAUGUCACACUGACGAAAGUUUUGGAGGAGAGCAGUUUGAAUGCUGGUCAGGCGUUGCUAGUGACAACACUCGUACCCAAUAUGACAUACGAUGCUGUAUAUGGAACUCUCACGAUCUCAGGCUUGGGCACGGUUGAGGAGUACCAGCUUGUGCUGCGUACCAUCAAAUACAACAACAUCUUUGACGAGCCCGCCCCCAUCUGCCGUACGAUACGCUUCACUGCCAAUGACGGAGAGUUAGACAGUGAACCCGUGUACACUGAAGUGUGUGUGGAGGCUUUCAAUGAUUCACCGUUUUUCAAUACCACAUUCCUGAGUGUUUAUAGCCCAUUGAUUUUGGAGGACGAAUUUGCAAAUGAGGGUGUGCUAGUCGCUAUGUUUGCAUAUCAGCUGUUUUCUGACGAGGACAUCCAAUCAAUGUUCAGUAUACCUGGAAUUGGAGUUGUUGAAGUGGAAUCGGACCACGGUGAAUGGGAAUCAAGCACUGAUGGUGGGAACAGCUGGAUGCUGAUUCGACCGGACACCGAUAUCCAAUCACUCUCGCUACUACUAAGUGCUGAGCUGGACGGCGAUAAUCUCGUCAGAUUUGUACCCGAGCUAAAUUACCACGGCAAUGCCUCAUUGACCUUUGUACUCUGGGACGGCAGCGAUGGAAUGUCACCUGGUGAUACUCGUAGUGCACUUUCUACCUCCCAUACCGACCCCUUCAGUAACGACACUCGUACACUGGUACUACGAAUAGUACCAGUCAACGAUGCUCCUGUUAUUGACUCUACGGUUGAGCCGCAGAUGACCACCAUCCGUGAAGACUCUGUAAGAGAGCGGGAAUCAAUCGGAGAUCAAGUUAGCGCAUUUUUAAUACCACUGACUGAAGACGUUGAUGUAAAUAUAAUGCAACAUCAUUUUGGCAUAGCUGUUACUAGUGUGGACAUCUCCAAUGGUUACUGGCAGUUUAGCGUUAGCGGUGGUUUAAAUUGGACUAAUGUAACGAAUCCUUCUGUUUCUAACGCCAUCGUGCUAAAUAGUGAACCAGCAGAUGUGAACAGAAUACGAUUUGUACCAGAUCUUGAUUUCAACGGAGAGGCCUGGUUCCAAUUCAAACUAUGGGAUCGGAAUGUGACUUGGCCGAGUGGUACUGAAGGUGUGGACACGCGUACUAACCCUGUUACUGGUACGUUCAGUGUGGGCAUAGCAACGGCAAGACUAACAAUAGAGCCUGUGAACGAUUCACCACUAUUGAGCGGACCGAGCAGUCUGGAUGAGAUUGUGGAAGACGUUGUGCCUGGGGCAAAUAUCGGGACUUUUGUGAAUCAAAUUCUCCGUGAUACUUUCAUCGAUAUUGAUGGUACGGAUACGAGAGGCUUGGCGGUCGUGUACGUUGACCGUCGCUAUGGAAACUGGCAGUACACUUGCGAUCCUUUCUCGGCAACGAGCUGGAUUGAUUUCCGUGGGGAACGGCUGGUUUUCGACACAGACUUUGGACAAGUGGCGCAGAUUGCCCCCCGUGACCCCAACGAAUAUAAGGCCACCUUACUAAGUGGGGAAGAUGAUUCGCUGUGCAGAAUACGAUUUGUACCAUCCGUGAAUUACAAUUCCGAGUUUGAUGCAGACGGUUUUGCAAGAGAUCCAAACAAUCGCCCGUUCAUAAGGAUACGAGGGUGGGACGGUACUAGUGGCUCCAGCGAGGACGAGGGGGUGGAUACAACCUCAUCACCUGACGAUCACACGGACGCAUUCGGACGUGAUUUUAUCCCAGUCACGGUCGAUGUACUCACAAUUAACGACAAUGCAAUGCUCAGACUGAACGGGGAAUUCCCUAAUUACAUGGCUACCUUUGUCGAGGCUGUCCCUCCUCAGAGAACAGUCAUACCCGUACCCGUGACUAAUCAACAACAGCUGUCUCUCACCGACCCCGACAAUUCUCUGAUAGCAUACGUCAACAUAUUUUUCACACCAUACGAUGGCGAAAACGAACGGUUGAUUUUGAACGUUACAGGCACCUCCCUUAACUACACCUUGGAGACACUUAACGAACCAUCUGGAUUGACCUACAUUGUCAGAAUAUUACCGACCAGCGGUGAAACUGCUCCCAUUGGAGAAUUUGAGACAGUGCUACGAACUGUGCUUUAUGAGAAUUCGGCCGAAGAGCCUGAUCCAACUCUGCGAGUGAUAACGUUUACUGUCAACGAUGGGUUGGGUUUCAGCGUUGUACGCACAGAGUUAUAUAUCAGCCUUCUUAAUGACCCACCUCAACUAGACCUCGCUAUGAACUGGCCAGAUAGCUAUCGAUUCGUAUCGUAUCGAGAGGGCCAGGGACCACUUGUAAUUGUCAAUGACAACGCUACUCUUAUCGAUUUCGACUCCCCUGUUUUAAAAUAUGCACGUGUUGUCGUAGUAAUCGCACCGGAUAAGCAGCAUGAACUAUUGAAUGCAGAGUCCAACUCAACCAUAAAUGUGAUUCGCAAUGGCAGUGAGAUCGUACUUCAAGGUCCAGCCAGUGUUGAUGAUUUCCUGGCCGUGAUAAAGACUGUUAGUUACGAGAACACUCUCUCCCAUCCUGGUGACCCCUCCCCCUUGUCUCGUACGAUACAAUUCACUGUCAGCGAUGGAAUGAACGAGAGCAUACCUGCUUUUGUAUAUCUAUCGUUUGGUACCAUCAACAACGCUCCGUUCUUUGAUGCAAACGGUCGUCAACCUGGUGUCGGUAACCUGGUAACAUUCUACGAAGAACAAGGUCCAAUUUCUAUAGUAUCGCAAAAUGCUGUUCUAGAGGAUAUCGAUAACGCCACACUUAAGUAUAUACAAGUGAGUAUUGUGAACCCAUUGGACGCUGACAAUGAAGUGCUAUUUGUUGAUGAUGUCACGGAAACGAGUGCUCCGCUAACAAGCAAGCAAGUCAUGUUUUUCAAUUUCAGACCAGAGCAAAGAUACGACACGGAUACGGCCACUCUGACAAUAACGGGACUAGAAACAGUGUACGAGUUCCAGGAAGUGUUGAAGACGUUGAAAUAUAAUAACAUAGCUGAUGAACCUGAUAAUGAGAACCGAAUGAUUCAAUUUGUUAUUUCUGAUGGAAGUCUAAACACAACUGGUGUGUACGUCACUAUUGAACUGGAACAUGUGAACGAUUCUCCCUAUUUUAACUCUUCCGCUACUAUAUUUUCUCCGAGCCUUGAUGAAGAUGUACACACACUAUUGAAUCCUGGUUGGUCGAUUGAAAAUGUGGUUUCAAAUGGGUUAAUACUAGACGAUGACGCUAAUUCCCUUCAGGGCAUUGCAAUCACAUCAGCUGACACCAGUGACGGCUAUUGGGAGGUCACUUGGGACUAUACUACCGAUCGAAACGAGUUUUUUUCUGGAAUGGGAAGUGGCGAUGAGAAUGGAAUGGAGUCAGGGUUCAGUGGACUCCAACCUAGCAGUGGCAGCGGCUCGGUAAUCAGUGUAGAUGGUAGUGGUGAUUCUAACGGUACAUUCGGAGGUACACCAACUGGCGCUAUCAGUGGAUCUGGGGCUGACUCCGGUUCUGGUUCCAUGAUGUCUAGUUCUGGUUCUGGAAUGUCUGGUUCUGGUAUGUCAGGAUCAGGAAUCCUCGGGUCGGGUGAUUCUACUGAAGCUCCUCCCACCCCACCACCCCCUAAAUGCAUGUCGACUACCCCACCAACUUCACCAGAUAUCCAGCCAACUUUCUACGCCACAUGGUAUAGACUACCUAACACUACAAGCAUUACCAUGGCAACUUUGUUACGAGUAGAGGACAAUCGGACAAGAAUUCGAUUUAUACCAAUUAAAGAUUUUAAUGGUCAAACUUCAUUCGGCUUUGUGGCCUGGGAUGUUAGCAACAAUCUUGAUAAUGGCGUAGUUACAAAUGCUACUAGCAACUCUGGUAUUGACUCGUUUAGCUCAAGCAGCGUGCAAAUUAUCCUCAAUGUGUUACCUGUUAACGAUGCACCUCUGUUGUACAAUAUCACUGUUCAACUCACUCCCAUAGAGGAAGAUGACAUCACUUCCUCAGGAAAUGACAUCAGCGACUUUCUGUCUGGAGUCUCCGAUAUAGACGUCCUCGAUACAACACUAGGAAUUGCAAUUGUUGAGGCCGAUGAAACUAAAGGGGCGUGGCAGUUUACGACAGAUGGUGGGCGUGUCUGGACCACCAUGUAUGAUGUGUGUCCCUACAAUGCUACUGUACUUAGCUCUGAACCUCCCGGCCAAAAUAGAAUCCGAUUUAUGCCAAACAGAGAUUUUAAUGGCUUUGUCAGUUUCUCCUUUUUAACCUGGGACCUAACGUCUAGUGAACCCUCAGGGACUAUGGCCAUUGAUACUACAAGCAGCGACCGAGUUACUGGAGCGUUUAGUACGACCUACGCCAUGGCUACUAUCAGAGUGGAUCCAGUGAACGAUUCCCCUGUACUUACACCUGGGUCUAGACUGCAAGCGAUAUUGGAAGACUUGCAAGCGGUCGAGAACGAGGGCACUCUAGUGUGGGACAUUGUCGAUGGAUUCUAUCACGAUGUUGAUUCUCAGUCCGCUAGAGGUAUUGCUGUGAGGGGCGUGGAUCUCAGGUAUGGAACAUGGGAAUGGAAAUGUCCCGAUACUGACACAUGGACUAAGUUCUUUGGUGAUUUCCUCUAUGGUGUGUUUGUGCCCCCGAAUCCUAGACCAGAGAAAGCCACUCUGUUGGAUGGUGAUUGCAGCGUACGGUUCCUACCAAAUCUGAAUUUUAACACUCUACGUGAUACAAAUGGUGACCUUCGACCUCUAACGGACUAUCCAUAUAUAACUGUGGUUGCCUGGGAUACGACAGUCGGAAGUGCCGGCAAAUACGGAGUUGACACCACCAUUCACAACGACAGUAUUAUAAACGAAUACAGUGGCGAAGUUGAGAAUGUCAUAAUUGAAAUUAUUUCUGUGAAUGAUCACCCACAAGUCAAUAUCUCGCAAGAGGGUGUGGUCUACUUAACAAACUUCACGGAAGAGCAGUUAUUUGUCAAGAUUGUGCAACCUGUCUACGUGUCUAUCACUGACGCUGAUCACGCCAGAUUAGAAUCUAUAACGAUAGUUGUAUCAAAUUCAAACGAUCCAACAACUGAAGUGGUGUUUUUUGAUACGGACGCACUGAAUGAUUCUAAUAUCGAAGUUGAUCAGAAUACGAACACAAUUACCGUGACAACCACAGAUAGAGACGGAAUGGAAAUAACUGAAGCAAUACAAGUGCUAUAUCAUAUAUACACAGGUGCUCAAAACUCCGCCCCUAGCAGCCUGACGCUAACAGCCCCUCCAGGCAGAGAGAGAGUGAAAAUUGCCUCUUAUCAGUAUUUGCUGCAGUUUGUCGUGUAUUCAAACAUGAAUUCUGAGCCGAAUAACGAAACUAGAUUGAUCAAUUUCUAUUUUGACGAUUCGGAAGACGUCAACUCUAUGGUUACCACGGAAGUGGAGAUCUUGCUACUGAAUGACAAUCCCCCAGUACUGUACAACCCACUCACAGGGGUACAAUUUACGGAAGACUCUAGAGUUCUGUUAUCCUUAUCCUCGUACAAUCUAACGCUAACGGAUUUUGACCAUAACGAGUACUUUUUUAUGUCCAAUGCUACCAUCUCCUUGUACCCCAUUCCAACCUCAAGUCUGGAGAAUGUGAGCGUUCAAAUCAGCUCCAAUUUUAACGAAUAUAAUAUCUCACAAUCGUAUAGCUCUGAAGAAGGCAUAUUGAGAAUUACCGGCCGAGCACCUAUACUGGUGUAUGAGAGUAUUAUAUUAACAGCUGUAUACCAAAAUUCUAUCGAAGAGCCAUUACCUGGAGACAGACUGGUAACCAUGCAAGUUUUUGAUGGUGAUAACUGUAGCAACGUGCAACGAGUGAGAAUAAGUGUGAUAUUGAUUAACGAUCAAGUACCAAUGGUGGCUACUUCAAACGAAUCUUUCGUAUUUACCGAGCGUACACGUCCAGUUGCUAUCAGCAACGGUCUCAUAGUCACUGACCAAGAUAGUGGAGAUUUUCUGCUAAGCCGUGUUGUUGUGACAAUUGAUAAUCCUCUUGACAAUGCAUAUGAGAUACUUUCUGUUAGUGAUUUUGAUGCAGUGAAUUCAACGUACAAUGGUUCCACAUUGUUGCUAGAGGGACCGGCUUCAGUUGCCGAGUUCCAAGCCAUUCUGAGCACGCUCAGUUACAACAAUAUGGCGGAAGAACCCUCUCCUGUCACGAGAAACAUCUCCAUUAUAGUAUAUGAUGAGGAUUUUGAGAGUGAGCGUGGAUUGAUUCAAGUGAUUAUACAGCUUGUUAAUGAUAUUCCCCUCAUUGCAAUUCCUCCACACGAGCUUAUGGUCAAUUAUAUCGAAGGUAGCGGACAAGUUGCCAUAGCAGCGAAUGUCACAAUCAGUGAUAACGAUCACACAGAGCUGACUCAACUAACUGCUGUGAUUUUGAACCCUCUCGACCAGCCAAACGAAUUUCUAUCCAUUUCUAUACCCAAUGGCACUAACAUCACGUCCGAAUACAACCCUGACAACGGUUUGCUAAUACUCAGUGGAAUAGCAAGUCUAGAUGAUUAUCAGACCACCCUCCGAUCGCUAAGUUACGAGAAUCUCGAAGCUAAUCCUGGUUUCCCGGAUACAGCCCCUCGCAUGAUCCAAGUGAUUGCAUUCGAUGGUAGUAAUUACAGCCUACCCCUCGAGCUACUACUAACGUUUGAUUCGGUAAAUGACCCCCCAAUGCUGGAUUUGAAUGGCGCAGGUCAGGGUACAAACUACACUACGUCUUUCAUAGAGGAGGAUAUGCCAGUCUUUAUAACCUCACCUGAUGCUGUACUAUUCGAUAUCGAUAAUACCUCACUGACAUUUGUACGAGUUACCAUAGAGAAUUUGGAGGAUGGAGAUAAUGAAAUAUUGUCUGUCUCUGCGAACACAUCCGAAGAACUAGACCUUGCUUUCUAUUCUUAUGAUAAUGGAGUACUCCUGAUUGAAGGUUUGGGUGAGACAGUGAGUUUUGAGAGAGCUGUAGCCUCGGUAACCUAUCAGAAUCUAGCCGACGAACCAAGUUAUGCAACCCGUGUGAUAUCGUUCGUUGCAAGUGAUGGACUCAUUGAUAGCGAUCUGGUGUACUCCAACGUCGAGAUAAUACCUGUGAAUGACCCCCCACGACUUUACAUAGCAGGGGGUCGUAGAACGUCCCCCUUGCCCACUGAAAUGCCAACUGAACCUACAACUGGUAGUGGAGAAAUGAGCGCUGAUGGUUCUGGUGGCGUCUCUGAGUCUGGUUCCGGUACAUCGUCUGCCUCCGGUUCCGGUACCAUGUCUGCCUCUGGUUCCGGUUUCACUGGUCUAGAGGUUGGUUCCGGUAUGGACCCCACAACACUCCCCACCACAGAGCUGCCGCCACAGCCUACAGUCGAUCCUGAUUCCAUUCUGGGUAAUGUGACUAUCGGAGAUAGUGGCAACUAUUCCGUGAUUUUCAUCGAGAAUUCCCCACCUGUAACUAUUGUGGACAUUAAUGGUACGCUCGUUGAAGAUGACGAUGACGCAAUUUUGAUAAGAUUUGAAGCUAUUCUCAAUGGCGUACAGGAUUCUGGUUUUGAGGCCAUCUUUUUCGAUAGCAACGCUCUAAGUAACGAACUUGUUGCAGCUCUGUUUUCUAGUGCACCUUCAAUGAACGGUUUCCUUGGUAAUGAUAUGACGUGUGUGGCUGGAAAUACGGGUUUGAAACAUGAGAGAAUCGAUAUCAACAUUUCACUUGGUAUUUUGGAAUGGGAAGAAGUUGUACGCAGCCUACGAUAUUGUAACGGCGAUGAACACCCCGUGUCCGGUUCCAGAAACAUCACGUUCAGGAUCCAAGAUCAGUCAAUGGCCUGGAGCAAUGUGGAGACGACCAUCCUCGAAGUUGUUGCCGUUAACGAUGCUCCGAUAUGCACAACCAUCCCUAACUUGUUCACCAUCGAUGAAGAUACCAAUCUGACAAUAACAGCUCUACGAAACUGCUUUGAUCACGAAGAGACGCUCACUCCAACUUCCAUCUUUGUAUUUGCCGAACCAUCAAAGGGACAGGUGGUACUCGAUGCUACCACCGGAGAUUUGGUGUUCAUUCCAAUGCUCGAUGAUUACGGAACCAGGACGUUCGUCUACCAAGCGUGCGAUUCGACCAUGUUCUGUUCCAAUCCUCAAAUGGUUACUGUGGUGAUAAAUCCCGUCAACGACGCACCGUACGCAUUCAAUAAUCUCAUUAUCUCCACUCCAGAAGAUACUUUGUUAAUAAUUCAACUCUCUCAGUUCUUUGGUGAUGUCGAAGAUGAUCUGAUACCAAAUAAUCGCUAUCCCAGAGUCAACAGAAUUCUCAACACACCGCUAGCAACCACGGGCCUCGAAAAUGACCAAAACUCAACUUUUAUGUAUGAACCAAACCAAGAUUAUUUUGGUCCUGACGUAGUUGUCUUACAAGUGUGUGACAGUGACGAUGUGUGUGUUACAAUCACGAUCGAGGUGAUGGUGAUCUCUGUGAACGAUGCCCCUGUGAUACAAGUGUUAUACCCUGAGGGCACUGUACCAGCUGCAACGGUAGAGGAUCAGGCGGUGAUGGUUGAGGUGAUGAUCACUGAGGUGGAGGACAGGGAACCAGUUGAAGUUAGAAUAGUGGCAGUAGGUGAUGGAACUGCUCACACCUCCUCCACAACCUCCGUGUUCCAGCUUGGAACUGACCGCCUCCUCCAAACCACCACCAUAGUCUACACUCCGAACCAAGAUUUCCAUGGCAACGAUACAAUCACUAUAGCAGCCAUAGACUCGGACAACAGCUAUACGGAGGCUGUGAUAUCAGUGUCAGUUUCGUACGUUAACGACCCACCAUUCUUUGGUAUAACUGAACUAACCAUUGUCGAGGACAUGGUGAUGACCUGGCGUUUACCACAUGACCUACAAAUCACUGAUCCGGAAAAUACUCUACAUGCCGGCUCGUUUGAAAUCAUACAAAAUGCUACUCUCGGGAAUGUGACCUACAAUAUCACUAUGUCCGAUUCCGGUACCAAUCCUGCAGUGUAUGGAAUCCUCACGUACUACCCACCAGAGCAUUACUUCACAGACACUGAACCGGUGACCUUUGUCCUCCGAGCUUGCGAUAACGACACAAUGGGACCACGCCUUUGUACGGAUGCUGUUAUUAAUAUCACUAUACUAUCCGACAACGAUGCACCUCAUCUUCCACCAUUAACCGUAACAAUUUGCGAGGAUGGUGUUUCCUUGACUACCUGCAACAGUGGCGUUAAUGUUCUAAAUAUUUGGGAGCAGAUAACGGAUGUUGAAGAAGGAAGGCCACCGAUGGAAAAUGUAUUCCUGAUGGAUCCUCUACCUGAGAGGGGUGUGGCUACGUACGAUCCUAGUUCCGGAUAUAUAACUUAUGUGCCGCACUUGAACGAUCACGGGAUUGAUUACAUAUUCUACAAUGCAUGUGACAGUGAGAACCACUGCAGCGCAUUGAGAGGACAGAUCGAAGUGACCAUACUCCAAAUUAACGAUCCUCCACAAGCUCUCGAGUUUGUACACAUUUCUCGCGAAGAUGAUUUCGAUUUGAUUUCGUUUAUUGACCAAAUUUCAGACAUUGAAACUGCAAAUUUGAGACUAGAAAUUGUAACGCCUGAAGGCACAUACCUUGAUGAAACUACCACCUCCAUAGGGGGAAAUUUACGAGUUUAUCAUGCCCAUCAGAUCUUAACCUACGAGCCCCCUGCUAACUAUGUCGGCCCUGACACGUUUACGUAUGCCGUGUGCGAUAACUGUGACCCUCGGAGGGACGAUGAACUAGGGAGAGUCGAUCCGGACCCAGAAUGUACUCGACAAAUCGAACAAAACGGUGGCACUGUAUCGAGAAGUGAUGGUGUCUAUAUCACCUGCACUCAGGCGAGCGUGACUAUCGUUGUGGCAAAUGUUAAUGAUGUACCUGUCAUUGGAGAUAUUGCCGUGAGCACAACCAGUGAAGUUACCGUAUUUCUCACACCGUUUGAGAGCUCUAGAAAUAUGUCCGAUUUACCUACACCGUCAUAUUUAUAUCUAAGCCGUUCGACACCGGUUUUCGAUUCUGAUGACGAACAAUUGUACCAAGCAGUUACGAAUAAUUUGAACUUGACACUGUAUGGAUUGCAAUUGGACAGUGAUAUUAACGAAACUUCUCUCAAUUUGAGAAGUUCCCCAGAAAAUGGAGUGGCUUCAAUUGUUACAGUCGAUAAUAUAACAAGAAUUUUGUACGUCCCUAAUCCAAGUUUCAGUGGCUACGAGCAGUUUUCUUAUCAGAUAUGUGACAAGCAACGAUUCCCAAUGGACGAGCCUCGCUGUGCAGAGGGUGUGGCUAGAGUUUGGGUGACGAAAGAGGGGCCGCAGAUAGUGUCUGUAGUCGCUAAUGGCGCUGAAACUGAAGGUGAAAGCAUUCUUGAUACUGACUCCAAAGUAUCCGCCGGCGAUUCAUUUUUGAUAACUUUUUCAGAGGACACUAACUUGCCACCUCAUGGAGUUUUGAAUACAGCAUUGACUUGGGAACACAUAACGAAUAUAUUCACAUUUUCUCAGCCUUUCUUCAUUGACAAUAUCACCCCCAGCCCAUUGCAGGGAGCGUGGAUAUCUCCCACACAGUUGCAGCUGACUAUUAUUGACGAGGGUUAUCCCGUUCCAUUCAUCACUGAAGUACAGAACGGAGUAGAAGUUUCAUCCGAGAUUCAAAUCGGACAAUGGACAAUAUCCGUUUCUGAGACUGUUAGUCCUUGUGGUGGAUUCGAUGAUAGGGGACAAUUGCUAACGGACUUGAGUGACUACUGUCUCCAGACGGCAGACACAAACUCUUUUCAUUCCAAUUCUAGUUCGCCAGCAUUGGAAGGGGACUUUGGACUGAAGCUACCCGAUGUUAGCAACAUUGUCCUGAGCAACACUGGCAUUGACGACAAAUUGCUGGAUAGUAACGAGAAAAAUUUACUAGAAGACUCACAAAUUUCCAUCCAUUUCCAACAACCUCUCUCGUAUACACAGCUGCAAAAGUACUGUCAGAUGCCCGUAACAGAUUUAAUCGAUGUUUCCAAACUUGGUUCCAAUGUUGAAUUACAAUUAGUGGGUUGUGCUAAUCUCCUAGCCGACGGUACGGUCGCUGAGGAAGUCUACGCCACUGAAAUUGAAUUAAUGAAGCAAACUUUUACCAAAACUAGCCGAAGAAAGCGGCAAGUCACCAUGGAUACGGCCUCAGAGCGAGAACGAAGACAAGCCACAUCCGGUGCUGCUGCUCAACCAGUAACAUCUGAAAUUGUACUCCAAGUUGUCAAUAUUGUAAAUCCGACGGUGGACCCAACGAAAGAUCCUCAAGGUUUCGUCAAUGUUCUAACUGAUAGUAUCAACCAAAUGACAUUGGCUCAAGUCAUUGCUGAUAGCCACAACAUCGACAUACAGCUGCUACUCGGUGAUGUCAGUAACGGUAACACUGCUCCACAAUUAGAUCCCUUCUAUUAUUUCGAAUCUGAUGACGAUUUGACACCAUUAAUCUCCCGAGUGGUUGCAUCCGAUCCGGACAAUGUUGACGAUGUUUACGGAGCCAACGAUUUGAUCACCAUCUUUUUCGACCGUAGUACCGAUCAACCCACAGUAACCACGCGUACGGACAUCGAUAAAAUACUGAUUUUCGAUCCCUCACUUGGAGCUGAUUACACUGGCCUGUGGGUCAGCCCAAGCGUGCUUCAAAUCACAAUCGUGGACCCAGCCCUUGGUGAAAAUGUUGUGCGACCUUCGACAAGCCCUCUGAUCUUUAGUCUAUCGUUUACGCCGAAUUACUUUCACACAGGGACGGAGGUGACGUCUAGCAACGCCAUACUGCCCACUCAAACUCCCUGGUGUGUCGGUGUCAACGUGUGCGGUGACCAAACUACCAACGGCGGCUCCGUUACAUCGAUUGGUAUCUGUAACGAUAAUCAACAAUCUUGUCGAGCCUAUCAGGGAUGGACGAGCCUUGAGGGCAAUUUCGGAACCGGGGUACCUGUUGUGAUCCCAGUUUUUCCAUUCUGGUGGAUCAUUAUAGCCAUUCUUGCUAUUAUCGUCAUUGUAGGUAUCAUUGUAACAGUCGUACUUGUCUAUCGCUAUUACAAGCGCAAGUCCGAACGCAAGGAAGCUUUGAGAGUAGUCAAGCGCUGGAAGAAAGAACAAUUUACUCCUGGUGUUGAACCAGCAACACCUGGACCGAAACCGUGGGUGAAACCACCCGAUGUGUCGACCAUGAGGGAAAAUCCUGAUCCAUUCAAUAUCUUCAAGAGAUUGCCUGAGGUGGUUCCAAGACCUGCUACAGCUCUUACAGAAGUUGAAAACUUGCCUCCUGUUCCUCAGCAGCCAUUCAAGCCGCGAGGUGGAGCUAGUAUUCGUCCAUCGCUAAGCAGUUUGGGUACUGCUCCACCAUUGCCUAGGAUCAGUCGGACUAUUAGUGGAGCAUCACUACCUCCAGCACUGGGACUCCCCCCUCUCUCCAAGCUACCAAGCCCCACCCCCGGAGUUGCUGCUCCCGAGAGACGAACCACCCUCCCCCCACUGAGAGGUGGUGCUAUUGGUACUCAAGCUCGACGUGCCCUCGGUGACACCACUCCCCAUACAAGUGGUUCCACUCUUCCAGGACAACUUCUUCCACGCUCCCUACCCCCUAUGAGGCUCCCACUAAGCCCCACCUCCCCCGGAGCUCCACCCUUUAUCGGCAAAGGAAAAGGACCUCUCAGUGGUAGGCCUGUGAUUAAGAAAUCUCCACCCACUUCGUCCGAGGAAGACAUUAGUGGUUCUGAAAUGGUUGGUGCUGGAAGUGGAUCUGCACUACCCACGAUCACCUCUCCCCCCUUUAAGACCACAAGGCCCCUUCCAUCUCUCGGCUUACCCCCUAUUGGAGGGGCUUCCCUCCCUCCGAUAAGAACAUCUGGAAAUGGACCCCUACUACAUCAACCCAUGUCCCCAGUUGCCAUGCCCUCGAGGCGAACGUCAAUAGAUCCGUUUGCGGCUGACUCUAUUGGGCCUACACGAAGGACCACCCCCUCCACACUGGGUCCCUUCUCACUGCCCACCACUCAGCUGCGGAACCCUCUCGCUCGAAGCCCACCCAUUCCUCUGAUGCCUGGAGCACCCCCUACAAGCCCAAGGCGUUCAUUGGCGCCAGUGACUAGAGCGCUGAGUGUCGUCAGUGAGGAAGCAAAGAAGGAGACAGAUGACUCACAAACGUGAGACAAAGAAACCACUGACUAUAAACUAAAACUGAAAACUAUGUUUAUAUAAUUAUUAUAACGUAGUACUGGAAAGUGUAAUUGUAGUUGCAUUACUAAUUAUAUAUAAUUAUGCAGUUCUCUUAAUUGG